AUGUACGCUAACGAUUGGAUUCAAAUUAAUAUCAAUGAGGCGGUCGGGGAAGUAAAUAUAUUUGACCUAUCAGUAUUAUUGGAAGAACUGGGUUUGAAUCGUUUGGUUAUAAUGAGAGUUCCUAUUCCAAACUUGGGCCAGCAAAGUUUGAAAUCUUCUUACAUACAAAUUAACAUUUACGGAGUGUCAAUACGAUUUAUAAUAGAAGAAAUGCACAUUGAUCUUGGCCAUUCUCUCAGUACAAUUGGUAUAAACCACUUCUUCAUGCAAGAUAUGACCUGUAUGGAUGAUCUUCCUGUCCCUAUGAGGGAAGAUACAGUUGUAAGUUGUUUUCGAACAUCUACUCCUAUUCCGGAUUACUUACCUCAGAUAGAUCAAACCUGCAACUCCCCAUCAGUUUCGGAUUACAGGUUACCUGAGUUCCUCUAUGAGGGAUGUUGGAACUCUGAACUUCAGCCAAAAGUUGAAACUCUUAAAAUAAGUGAACAAUUAUACACUCAGCAAUCUCAGAUCUUCAGUCUUGUGGAUGAAGAAGUUCUAAAUUGCAUGGAAGAUAUUUUGCAAAUGGUGUCCGAAGAUGAAUAUCAGUUGAAUGACCUAGAAAAGUCAGAAUAUUGUAGCUUUGCUUCAGCCGUAAGCUCUCCAAGAGAGGACAUAACGUAUAACGAAAUCUGCACCAAUAAUAGUCUUUUUCAAAUCACAGGAUUCUCUUCGGUUUUUGAACGUUUGAAAGAAGAUGAUUUGGGAGCUGCGUCCCUAGAAGAGGUUUCCCUCUCGAUUCCUAACGUUAAAGACGGAGCUGAAAUCUAUAACAGAGUCGAAAAUCAAGCUUCUGUUGGUUCUACGCUUGAGGAAUACUUCCCUGAUGAAAACAGUAAUAGUAAUGCUGCAAAUACAACAACUGUACCGCAAUAUCAUGAAAGUUUCGUGAAAAACUCGGAUGACGAAGACUCUGACAGCGACUUUUUAAAACCUAAAAGAAGAAAAAAGUUAUGGGUGCAAGAGGAUUACUUCAAAAAAUUCUCUCAGCGCCACACUGCUUUCUGCUACCGUAAGAACUGUGAGAAACGAUUGUCAUUUAGUCAUAAAACUUGCUAUGCAAGAUUCUCUGAACAUGCUCGCCAACAUUACCAGAAGCCGCUGUACAAAUGCAGUGAAUGCCGUUUUCGAGAUUACAUCCGUUUCAAUGUGACGAAACAUUUCCGACAAGCUCAUAAAUAUAUGAAGAAUUGUAAGAGCUCAUCUACAGCCAUUGAUAUUGCAACCUCGUCCGAUAUCAUUAAUAUAGAGAAAUUAACCAGAAAAUGCUUUCCUCAUUACUUUGCUGAAUACUUUUGUGUGAAGAAGAAAGCUGAAAAUGAAAAGAUCCAUAAACCUGCGGACCUUGAAUGGAAAAGAGCCAUAAAAUCUGUUAUCAUUUUAUCGAAGUUUUUAAUAAAUAUGAAGUCUAUUCUUGGAUUACUUCUACUUGUGGCUUUAGCCGCAGCCAUGCCUUUCGAUCAUGACGCGAAGGUUGAAUAUGAUGACAGCUUCGCCAGGAAUAAGAUUUUACCUAUUUGUUCUGCUACUGAAAAUGAUAAUCCUGCAGUAUGUUUGAACAACAGAUUCACUAAUGCUGAACUCAAAAGACGCCAUAAGGUUUUCUGCUCAAAAUACCUUUUAGAUCACUGUAUUGCAUACUCUGCCGUUCUUCAUGACGACAAAGCUAUCGUUUUGGCUUUCAAGGGAACUCAAGGCGCAGCACAACUUAUUCUCGAAUCUGAAGAAACUAUUUUCGCUAACCAUACUGCCUGGGUAGCCGGUGGAACAGUUUCAAAAUACUUCAGCGACGGCUUCUUCACUUUGUGGAAUCAUGGACUUAAGGAAGAUUAUUUGUCUCUCAAGAACAAGUACCCAGACUAUCAAUUAUGGAUUGCUGGACACUCUCUUGGUGGAGCUAUGGCUUCUCUUGCUGCUAGCUACAUUGUACACACUCAGCUAGCUGUCGGAGACAAUGUUCGCCUUGUUACUUUUGGCCAACCACGUACUGGUGAUCGUACUUUCACUGACACUUUUGACAAAGAGAUAGCCUACUCCUUCCGUCUAAUUCACGCUAAAGAUGUUGUCCCCCAUCUUCCACCCAACCAUGUAGAGCAAUACCAUCAUCACCACAGUGAAGUAUUCUAUAACAACGAUAUGACUACUGCUACUUACGUUGUCUGUCGUACUGAUGAGGAUUUAUUCUGCUCCGACGGAAAGAUUGAUACCUCAGUUACCGAUCAUACUCACUACUUCAACAAAGACGUUACAGACUGGGGAGUACAAGGAUGUGUUUAA